AUGGAUAUGAUUUCAAUUGGACAGAGCGUUAAAAUCAAACGCACUGAUGGACGCGUUCAUGCGGCCGUUGUGGCCGUGAUCAAUUCGUCCGGAAAGUGCAUAACAGUCGAGUGGUACGAGCGUGGUGAAACCAAAGGCAAGGAGGUGGAACUAGAGGCCAUACUCACACUGAAUCCCGAACUGACGCAGGAGGCUGUUGAGCAGCACGCGGCCCCAGAGCCAAAGAAGCAGGCCACUACCCCGGUGAAUCUGGCCCGUAAUCCCACACAGUCUAAUAUCUCCGGCAACCUCACCAGCCGACUGACCAUGGCCGGCAGUCAACUGAACAAGAUACACGAGACGCACCCGACCAUCAGCUCGGGCAAUGUGAACUCGAAUGCCACUACGGGCGGCACCACUGCAGCGACCAAUUCGGGGCUGCAGCGGCCACGGAUCCAACAGGUCACGGGUAGACAGCAGCAGACGCGCAGUGCCACAACGUCUAUCACUGCGUCCGCCCAACUGGGCGCUGGCGGGCAAUCCAGCCAAUCCACAAACAAUCCAGUGGUCAACAAUAGCACACAGAGCAGUAUUGGUGGCGGCGGUGGGGUCGCAGGAGUUGUGCGUCGUUCGCAUGCCCUUAAGGAAGUGGAGCGUCUAAAGGAGAACCGCGAGAAGCGUCGGGCACGCCAGGCUGAACUUAAGGAGGAGCAGAAAGCCCUCCAGAAUCAGGACCCUGGUAACCCCAACUGGGAGCUGGCGAAUAUGAUACGCGAUUAUCAGAACACACUGGAGUUCAUACCACUGCUUGACGGUCAGGCGGUUGACGAUCACCAGAUUACCGUCUGUGUGCGCAAGCGUCCACCAAGCCGAAAGGAGGUGAAUCGGAAAGAGGUCGAUGUCAUAUCGGUGCCCCGCAAGGACUUGAUGAUUGUCCAUGAGCCGCGGACCAAGGUCGAUCUCACCAAGUUCCUUGAACAUCACAAAUUUCGUUUUGACUAUGCUUUCAACGAAAUGUGUGACAAUGCCAUGGUGUACAAAUACACAGCCAAGCCCCUGGUGAAGACUAUUUUCGAGGGCGGAAUGGCGACAUGCUUUGCCUAUGGCCAGACAGGAUCCGGCAAGACCCAUACCAUGGGCGGGGAGUUUACGGGUAAAAUACAGGACUGCAAGAACGGCAUCUAUGCCAUGGCCGCCAAGGAUGUGUUCGCGACCCUCAAUACACCGCGCUAUCGCACCAUGAAUCUAGUCGUCUCGGCCUCGUUCUUUGAGAUUUACAGUGGCAAGGUCUUCGAUCUGCUGGCCGAUAAGCAGAAGCUGCGCGUGCUGGAGGACGGCAACCAGCAGGUGCAGGUGGUUGGCCUCACCGAAAAGGUUGUGGACAGCGUCGAGGAGGUGCUAAAGAUCAUCCAGCAGGGUAAUGCGGCGCGCACCUCGGGCCAGACCUCGGCCAAUGCGAACUCGUCGCGAUCGCAUGCCGUCUUCCAGAUUGUCCUGCGUCCGAUGGGCACGGCAAAGAUCCAUGGUAAAUUUUCGUUCAUUGAUCUGGCGGGCAAUGAGCGGGGUGUGGACACCUCGUCGGCCGAUCGCCAGACACGCAUGGAGGGUGCCGAGAUUAAUAAGUCGCUGCUGGCACUCAAGGAGUGCAUCCGGGCAUUGGGUAAACAGUCGGCCCACCUGCCGUUCCGUGUCUCGAAGCUCACGCAGGUGCUGCGCGACUCGUUCAUUGGAGAGAAGAGCAAGACUUGCAUGAUAGCCAUGAUAUCGCCGUGCAACAAUUCCUGUGAGCAUACGCUCAACACGCUGCGCUACGCGGAUCGGGUCAAGGAGCUGGUGGCCCCCAAUGUCCAGGAGAUGAGCCCAUGUGGCGAUGGCAAUGAUCCCAUGGACGACAAUGUCAUUGAAGUCAUGGACGACGACGACGAGGAGGAGCAGGAAAACAAUCCGGUGCGCAAGCCAGGCAUCCGUUCACACAAUCAACGGAACGUCCCAAUUUCCGCCGGCCUUCACAAUAAUAAUAACAACAACAACAAGAACGGGAACGGUAAUGCCAGCAACACGGAUCUGGCACUUUUGAGUUCGCUGAGCGAACACGAAAUGUCACAGGAGCUGAUCACACAGCAUGAGGCCAUCGAAGAUCUACAGCAAACUGAAGAAAUGGUUGUCGAAUUCCAUCGAUCGGUGAACGCCACACUGGAGACCUUCCUGAAUGAAUCGAAAACCCUAUAUACGCAAACAAACUAUGUGAACUAUGAUCAAGAGGACUAUUGUAAGCGCGGCGAAUUGAUGUUCGCCCAACUGAUGGACAUUGCCACCCAGUGCCGUGACAUGAUGGCCGAGUACCGCAUUAAGUUGGCCAAAGAAGAGAUGCUUUCUUGUAAAUACAGUCCAAACAGCCAGCGCUAGAACACCAACUAGCCGUAAGCAUCCCACCCCCCACACUAUAAACUAUCAUCCGCAAAAUUUUAAAAUUCGUUUCCAUCACACACUGGCCGCCCCCCCCAUUGAGGAUACAUAUGUAUGUUGCCCAAGAAUUUUACUAGAAUUAACGCCCCGCCCUAUCCUAUCUGCCCGAUUAAAAUGUGAUCCGAUAAGGCAAAGACUACUACCUAUGCUAUGGUCGAAUUCCAAAAGAAAACGUUGCGAAACUGAACUGAAGCUGGGGGCUGCUGCGGAUGAGGUUACACGCACACACACACACACACACACACACACACAGAUAUACACCCGCUCGCGAAUCUAUUGUUGUUUAUUUAUUAUUUUAUUUGGCAGUUCAGCGUUUUUAAUUCAGUUCAGUUGUUUUCAGCUCAGCGUUUAGCUUUAAAUAAAAAUUCCCUAUACUGUUAAAGGAUUUCAUGAAUUCAUUACUUUUCGAACGAGAAAAGAAGCGGCGUCUCAUCUCGGUUCAAACCAUUCGUUCAUCUCAACCACUCAUCCAGCAUUCAGUCGUCAUAUCUCGCUCUCUAAACGCACCCACAGCCAGCCGCUCCGCCCACUCCUUGUAAGCGCCUUGCUCUCUUGGGAGAGCAGCUUGUUUUCUUAUUGAGUUUUACCGUUCAUUGAACUGAUUUUAUGAUGAAUGGAAGGAACAACGGUAGAGCGGGUAAGGCAGGAAGAGAUUGACAGUAUCCCAAACGAUAUACCCCCGAUAAAUACCGAAGGGGGGGGGGGGGGGGGGGCUGUCUCGAUUGAACAAGAAAUACAAUACCGAAUUAUAACAACAACACCAACACCAACAACAUGUAAUAAACAACACACUUUCUGUUUAGUUCUCAUUGAUUUAUACGAUGCUUUUGUAAAAGAAAAAGACAUUUACAUACUAUACUACAACUUACUAUUAUGAGAUUCCAUUUACAUUAUAAAUUACCUUCUAAAGAAUUCAAUAAUUUUUUGUAUCUUUUCAAUUGAUUCGAGAGUCCUGCCUACCUCUCUGUAGCGCCGCGGCACAAAUCAAUAACACAUUACUAUUAUGGAUUAGUUGCGUAUAGUAUUUGUAAUUAUUUAAAGGCCACAAAACUGUAUUUAAUUUGUAUUAAUUUAUGGAGAGUACUACCACUACUACAGCACCAAUACCAAUUUACAAGCGUAUUCCUCCUAAACCCCCUCCCCCCAUAACUUUAAUGAUCUUUUUAUAUAUAUAUAUAUUUACCACACAUAUGAACUCAUUUUGUUUUCAAACUGAUUUAUAUUCUUUGCCUGAGAAUUAUUUAGCCUAUGUUUAAUUUUCCAUUUAUUCGCUGUCUUCAUUUUCGCUAUAUGAAUAAUUUAUUUUAUAAUUAUUUUAUUUUUUUUUUUUUAUGUGUGUGGAGGAGAAGAAUUUAAAAUGCACCUAUUCGCGUUGCUCAUUUGAUUUUGAGAAAUUUGAAUUUGCAUUUCAUUUUGUACUAAUAUUUAUUACAUAUAUUUAACUCAUUUUACACGACUAAAAAUGAUCACGAAUGACAACAACAGGAACAUAACCAAACCACAGAUUUCCAAGCACUGCUUGCACUGCUUACUUGUAGACAAACAAACAAGAAUGAACACGAAUGGUACACAUACACACCUUAUCCUUAAAAACACACAAAAAGAAACGAAACGAAUUAUGAACAUCAAUACUCACGUGCUUCUCCCAAAAGGUUUUAUAAAAUUCAAAACCUUUUAAAAAUUUUUUUUAUUAAUCGCGUUUUACCAGAGCACUUUACUGCAGAAUUUCCUCUUCUACUACAGUCGGACGAUGACAAAUUUUUUGUAAUUCACCAAAUGCGAGUUUUUAAAACAAUGUUAAUACGAAUUAAACAAACAAACUGAAUAAUGAGUGCUUCGUUAUUAUGCAGUAUAAAUAAUAAUAAAGAAAUGUGUUAGGAAUGGAAUGAA